GAGCUGCAAGCAAGUCGCAAGUCGUCCUCUCGACGGGACUCCACCGAGCACCACCGCGGAGAACCACCGCCGCCAACAAGGAGACAAGAGCUCCUCUUUCGUGAGAAUGGGAGGGAAAGGAGCUGUGCUUUUGGUCGCGCUUCUGGUCGCAGCAUCCGACCUCGCGGCGAUCUUAUCCUGCUCAGCCGCCGCCAAUUUGUACGCCACCGCCCUCCCCAUGAAACCGAAGGCGUCUCCGCCGCCGCAGAUCGACGCUGGCCACGGGGUCGGCGCCUACCUCCCUCUGCAAGGCAACGUCUAUCCCCAAGGGAAAUUCUACGUGCAGAUAAGCUUCGGGAAUUCUCAGAAUUUCUACUCCCUGGACAUCGACACCGGCAGCGACGUCCCCUGGGUCCAAUGCGAGGUGCCGCCUCAAGCAGUGUACCCCCGGCCGCCGAUGGACAAGCUGAUCCCCUGCGAUGACCCGCGAUGUAGAGCACUACACGCCUCCGCCGGUGCAAGGCCAUGCAAAUCUCCGGAGCGGUGCGACUUCCUAGUACAGUACGUCGACGACUCCGCCGAGGGAGUCCUCAUUGCCGACACCUUGACCCUCCGCCUCACCAACGGCUCUAUCGUCCAUCCUCUCGUUGCCUUCGGGUGCGGGCGGUGGCGGAACGACAAGGAUCGGGCAACCACAGACGGCAUGCUGGGGCUGGGCUCUGGGGAGAUCAGCAUCCUGUCCCAGCUGAGCAGCCAGGGGGUGUUCGGGAAACUUGUGGCGCACUGUCUUGGUAGUAGAGGGGGAGGUUUUUUCUUCAUGGGGGAUGACAUGCUCCCUUCCGGCAAGGUCACCUGGGCGCCCAUGACUCGGAGCUUUCACUACUCGCCGGGGCCAGCAAGUCUCUUCUGGGGAAACCAGCCUCUAGGUUCCAAUCUCAUGGUGUUGCUGGACAGCGGAACCACCUAUACCUACUUUGGACUUCAGCCGUACAACAAUUUUAUCUCUACGCUGAACGGCCAUGUAUCUAAACAGCCGCUGACGAGGGCAUACGAUGACCACUGGCUGCCUUAUUGCUGGAGAGGCCCGCGGCCAUUCAGCUCUAUAGCUGAUGCUCAGGGCUACUUCAAGCAAUUGGAGCUGAGAUUUGCGGAUGGGGCAGCAUCUAUGAAGAUACCUCCAGCGAAUUAUCUGAUCAUUUCGGAGCAUCAUAAUGCAUGCUUGGGUAUUCUCAAUGGCACAGAAGAAGGGCUGCAAAGCAAUAUCAAUUUAAUUGGAGAUAUAUCGAUGCUCGACCUCUUGGUUGUUUAUGACAAUGAUAAGCAGCGGAUUGGAUGGGCCAGCGCAGACUGCAGCAGGGCUUUCAAGUCUGCAACUUAUCCACUGGAAUGAUUUACGUCCUUCUUGAAAGGGUUGACAAUAAGACUAAGACAUGACAUCCAUUGUCUCUGACUCGAUGUUUGCAUGCAUACAUGCAGAACUUAGAAUGAAACCUUUCUUACUCUACUACCUGAUGAUAUAAUAUUAAAUACAUCAAAAUUCUCAUCUUUUCUCUGUGAGUAUUUUGUUGCCGUGCUAUCUUUAUACUGUAAGCUCUUCGAA